ACUCCCAUGAUGCAGUGUGUGACCUUCUCCCCCCCGUGCUGCUUUGCGCGUUGGCGGGACAACAAUGGCUAAAGCAGGAGUGCCACUUGUCCAGCGAAGGUUAUUGGAUUUGAAAUUGUUCGAGGUUCCUAAAUGGACAUUAAGAAGAUUGGUGUCUCCAAAAGCUGUUUUCUGCGCGAUGUGCAGAGGCCAUGAUACGUACUACAAGAAGUACAUCGAUGUGAAGAAGGGGGGGAUUGGUGGAGUGGCAAUGUUCCUGAUGGGCUACGUUGUAAUCAGCUACAUUUGGAAUUACAGCCACAUUAAGCAUGAUCGCUGGAGGAAACACCACUAAAUGUCUCCACUGAUACGUAACCAAUCAAAGAUACAAUCCAAAGGGAAAUAUUUCUCAGCUAGUCUGCUGCAUUCAAAUAGUCGUUGCUCAGUUGAAGCCGUGAAUCAAAAUACUCUUGUUUGUAAUUGGAGAAGGCGGAUUUCUAUAAAACUUGAUGACAAAUAAAAUUUAUCUCCACCUUCUGA